CGCUGGCUGGGACUGACUGUCCACGAACUCUCUCCUCACCGCGGUGGCCGAAAGGAAGACGUGCAGCCACAGCGGCGCUCGGGAGCGAGACGUGCGGGUUGCUGCGCCCUUUUCCCCAGAUUAACAUGGCUACCCCACUGGAAACUGAAGCACUCCAUGACUCUUUGUUUUUUGCAUUUCUGUGAAGAAACUAGUAAUCUUACAGCAGUGUUCCACCCAGUCAUCCUGAAUACGAAUGUGAAGCACAAGAAAGAGUCUGGAAUGUUCCUCUUGCUGUUCUGAGCCCAAACUGUGUAUCGGUUUGACCAGCAUAACAGUCGUGACUCAGUACUGGCUUAAAAAUGGCCACCAAGCACUUGCCUGUGAGACUUGGAAGAAGACACAGGACUACGAUAUCUCAUUUUGGAUCAUCUUGAUGAAAAUGUUGUUGGCUUGGCACAGUUUUCUGAUGCUGAGGUGCAAGGGUGGCAUGGCUCAGAAAGCCUGGGUCAGCAUGCUGUUUCAGAACCGUAAAGCCCAACUAUUGUUGGUCAACUCACUGACUUUUGGCUUGGAAGUCUGUCUAGCUGCAGGUGUCACCUAUGUGCCACCCCUAUUGUUGGAAGUUGGGGUGGAAGAAAAGUUCAUGACUAUGGUUCUGGGGAUUGGUCCUGUUCUAGGUCUGCUGUUUGUGUCUCUCAUUGGCUCUGCCAGCGACCACUGGCGCAGUAGCUAUGGCCGCCGCCGGCCUUUUAUCUGGGUCCUGUGUCUAGGAGUUUUGCUGAGUCUUCUGAUCAUUCCUCAUUCUCAUCAUCUGGCUAGCCUUAUUACUUUGAACACCCGCUCCUUGGAGAUUGCCUUUCUUAUAAUGGGCAUUGGCCUGCUUGACUUCUGUGGCCAAGUCUGCUUCACCCCUCUGGAGGCUCUUCUCUCUGAUCUCUUCCAGGAGCCAGACAACUGUCGGCAGGCUUUCUCCAUGUAUUCCCUUAUGAUCAGCCUUGGUGGUUGCAUUGGAUACCUGCUGCCGGCAAUCAACUGGGACAGUAGUUUCCUGGCUCCUUACCUGGGGGGACAAGAAGAAUGCCUCUUCAGCCUCCUCACCCUCAUCUUUCUCAGCUGUGUCUUAGCCACUGCCUUUGUGACUGAGGAGGUGGUAACCCAGACUGAAGUGCUGGCAAGUCCUGCUAUGAAGGAUUCCUCCAUGCCCCCUUCCCUUAGCUGCUGCUUUUGCUGGGUUCCAAAGAGCUUUCUGAAGGUCCGGCAUUUGGUCCAGGCAUUUAGGAAUCUUUGUGCCUUGGCUCCACACCUGCACGGACUGUGCUGCCAUAUCCCCAAGGUGAUCUGGCAGCUUUUUGUGGCUGAGCUGUGCAGCUGGAUGGCCCUCAUGACAUUCAUGCUGUUCUACACGGACUUUGUUGGGGAAGGGCUGUACCAAGGAGUUCCCAGAGCUGAGCCGGGCACAGAAGCCAGACGAAACUAUGAUGAAGGUAUUCGGAUGGGCAGCUUGGGCCUCUUUCUCCAGUGCGUUAUAUCCAUCUUCUUCUCAACAAUCAUGGACCGGAUGGUGAAGCAGUUUGGGACACGAAUGGUCUACCUCGCCAGUGUGGCCUUUUUCCCACUGACUGCCUUCAUCAUGUGCUUUUCACAGAGUGUCAUCAUUGUCACUGUUUCUGCUGCUUUGACGGGCUUCCCCUUCUCAGUGCUGCAGAUCCUGCCAUACACACUGGCAUCACUUUAUCAUCAUGAAAAGCAGAUCUUUUUGCCGAAGUACAAAAGUAAAGAAGAAGAUACAACUCAACUGGACAAGAAGGCUGGCUUCCUCAAAAGUCACCUUUCUGCCCAAAAACUGACCUACCAGAAUGGACAUGGUGGGACCCUCUUUUCUCCUCCUGUGGCUGGCUCUGCUCUUUGUGUCAGCUCACCUUGCGAGGUCUCACUCAGGACGAUGGUAGGAGAAACAGAUGCUGCAGCUGCAAGCCGGGGCAUCUGUUCAGACCUGGCCAUCUUGGACAGUGCCUUCCUUCUCUCUCAGGUCAUACCCUCCCUCCUUCUGGGUUCAGUUGUUCAGUUCACACAGUCGGUCACUGCUUAUAUGGCAUCUGCUGCUGGCUUUGGGCUCGUGGCCAUUUACUUUGCAACCAAAGUUGUCUUUGACAAGAGUGAUAUGGCCAAGUAUUCAGUAUAGGAAGGGUGGGGAGAAAGACUAUGAGAAAAAUUGUGCACAUUGUAAUGGGUAAUGUAGAACAGUCAACAAGGCACAUACGGCCUUCUUUCUCUCUUCCCGGCUGGGUUGCAAUGAGACCUGUGCAAAAACUCUGACGGGAAAGAGAAUGCUGAGCUGAUCUCAGGGUAUCAAAUGAAAGGGAGCCUGGUACUGUGUCCUUUGUUUCUCCAUGAUGCCUUCAUCAAAGUGCCUCUGUUCAAAAGCCUACCAAAGGGGCUUGCAGGAAAGGCCAGCUUGUCAGGCUAUUCCAGUGUUAGCUUUGUCCACCUGUGUGGGAGGAGAGUGACACUCUGCAGAAGGCAUGAAGGAUGGAUCAGAGCUGUUACCCUCCCUCCUUAUUGGCAUUGCCUUUUUACUGUUGGUCUUCAUUUUUGGUCUAAGCUAUGCUCUACAUAUCACACCUUUUUAUGUCUUUUUGUGAACUGGAAAAACACAGGGGAAGGAGGCCAAGUUGGCGCACUUGCCCUUUUUGAAGGGAUGAAGCAAUGACCCACACCCCUUUAUCCAUCCCAGGAUAUACUGCAAGUCAAGAUCAUGGUGGUAUGAAUAUACUGGGUAGAGCUGUGCAAGAGGGGGGCUUGUUUAGGAGAGGAUGCUGUGGUUGAGCUGGCAGGAACUCUGCAGUGGCACGAUGGAAAUGAAAAGCUUGGUCCUGAUCUGAUACUCUUUUCCCAUAAAUGCCCUAAACAGAGCUUGCAGUUAGUGCAAACAGAGAGGCUUAUGUAAGUACAAGCUGUAGAACAUGCCUCUCUGGAGACUUGGCUUUAAGUGACUGACUGGCACAAACAAAUGACAGAACCUUCCACUGUAUGGUACUGAAAAGAAUCCUUAGUGUACCAGCUGGGUACAAAUACUUGCAUGCAUCCCUCCUCUCCUGCCAAAGUGAUGUGGCCAAUUUGUCUGUGCUGAAGGGAUUGAUGGGGGGAAAAGACAACCCUUGUCCUUCUGUAUACGACAAGGAUGGGCUCCAAGCUGUGUUUUUCUACAUGUGAUCCAGCUUUUCUGCCACCCAAAUAGACCACCAGAGGCACUCCUCCUGCCAGGUAAAUGUGGCAAAGCGUUUUGCUCUUUUUAAAAUCUUUUUUCUGCAAAGCAGUUUUUAAUGAGCCAUAUUAUAGCUAGCAGCUAUUCACUCAGCAGCAUGCAGAGCAGCUGUUUCUAAGGCAGAGUGUAGACUUGGCAUACCCAAUACAGAAAAAAGUUCAGGGUGCACUGAAUUAUAGGACUGCAAGGACACACCAGCAAACUGAGUCCAGCCUUCUUUCCCCAUGGCAAGAAUUCUUUAUUUGAUGCCACAAAUUAUAUUGUUCUGUAGCUGUAAUGAUAAAUUCCUUCAUGUUUUGAGCCUUUGGGUCAUUAUCUAGAUGACUCCUUAGAGCUGAAGGGAUGGGAAGACUGUGCAAUCCAGUUCCUUUUGCCAGCAUAAAACCUACAGUGCUCUGCAAUCCUGACAGAUUAUCUUGGUGCUGUAUAGACUGUAGUAAAUCACAGGCAACAAGCAUGAAAGCCAAGAGGAUCAUACCAUAGGGAAAAUACUCUUAUUCAGUGGUGAGUAUGCUUGAGGGAAAACCCCCUAUCAGAGCUAAAGACAACUCACUCACACUCUCUGAGACCAUGUAGGAUGACUGCUAAAGCCUGCAAUAGGGGAAGUGGCCCAUAAGGCUUUCCCAAUAGAUGGAUUUGUUGGCCUUUAGCCACAGGCUGUUAACCCUAACAGAAUUCAUAGCCUCUGACUUUGUACACUGUUGAGGUUUUAGAGGAAGAAACAACCCAGUUUCUGAUAUGGAGUCUUCAUUCCUAGAAGCUACAAUUAAGGCCUUGGGUUAAAAUACCCUCCUAGAUCUUUCUAGUCCUGGGAUAAUCCAGGGCUGCUUGUCUAAGAAUCAGAAGGAAGUGACAGCAUUGAAGUGAAAUGAAUAUUCAGGUACAGCUUUCAAAAGGUUGCAUAUUGUAGUCUCUCGGAAGUCAUUUGCAUGGGAUUCUACACUCCUGUUGGUUCUCUUGGAAGUGCUGCCUUUAACAGGCCUAGACAUCAGCCAAGGCGUGAAUGCAACAACUCCACAGAUUUCUUCUCUUUCCCAUGAUUGCCUAUAAAUUUAGCAUGCAAGUCUCCAACAAGCCUAAGGCACUCCACCACAAAAGCCCCAGCCUCUUGCUGUGUCAUGGCUUCGAUCAGUUCCUGUAAGAGGUAGAAAAUCCUGUGUGUGAAACAAGUGCAGCUAGUUUCCGACACCUUGGUGUGAUGUCAUGGGUGGCGGCGGCUAUAUUUUAUAUUUUCAGAGAGCCAAGCAAGUUGAAUGCCUGGGGCCCUAACUUGCUUCUAAAAGCAUUUGCCAGUUCUGUGUACUAUUUUAAUGCAACGGGUGGCUUCGCUAUAGAUCUUCAUGCUUUCUCUUGUGCAGCUUUGGGAGCUUUCUGCUGUUGCUUGAUUGGGUGGGAGAGAUUUGCUGGUAGUUAUAUAUUUUUUAUGUAAAAGAUUUUUCUGCCAACUUGGGUCUCCUGCAACUAGGAAGACAAAAGGUGCACAAUACAGUACAUGUAGUCAUUUGUAUCUCAUUUGCUUCUUGUGAAGACUUCCUUUCUAUAAAGGGAAAGGCCUAUUUUUUAGGCCAGGGUUUCCUGGAGCUUCUUUAACUUGGGUAGACCAAGUUAGAGCUAUUCUACUCCCAACAAGCCUAGGUCAAGUAUCUGCUUCAGUGUGUUGGGAAUAUAUGUAUAUAUCCCAUGGCUGCAUAUAAAAAUAUGUGGAUAAAUGUCACUCCCUGUUUUCUUGCUUAGCACAAGGACCUGACUUUCCACUGGGGGUGGGGUGGGGGGCGGAAUAGGGGAAACAGUGGAGCACCUUCCCCCCACUUGUCUUGUAACAGCAGUGGCUCACUCCUAGCACUUCUGAUUUACCCAUCCCACAGCUCUUGUGUGACUCUUGAAGGGGAUCCUGAUAUGCUACUUGAGAACCCAUGUCUGGUCCUCUAAGGAAGAGUCCAUGCAAUGAAGUAACAGAAAUGUCAAUCAAUCUCAGGUCAUAGGUGUGUGCAAGACCCACUUUCUGUGGCUGCCACAUCCCUUCCUUUCCUAGGGAAAUACUUUUACCUAUCUGGCAAAUAAGGACAGCAGCAGUGUUUGAAAACUGCCAUGAAUACCAGAACAAAUCAGGCUUCAGGGUUUUUUUGGGGGGGUGGGGGUGGGAAUUAUGUAUUACAGGUGGGAUCUAAUUAUACAAAUAUACAGGUUAGCACGUUGAAGAAAUGAGAUGCUAAUGACACUGAAAGAAAUUGUAAGGCUUGGAUGCUGAGGCCAAUUGUAGCAGCUGAGCAGAAUGUGUACAGCUCAAGAGCCAAAAGUCUAUGUAGCCUAUCCAGGUGGCCUGCAGCUGCAAAGACAAUCCUUAAAAGUAUCUGAACAAGCAUUCCAGGCACAGGGAGGUACUCGGGGUAGGAGCAUGCUACAUGUUACUUUGGAAAUGUACAGUCAGUCCUAGGUGUGAGCCUCUGCAUUUCUUUGUUUCUCAUGAGCAAUGAAACUGUUGGUUGUAUGGAUGGAGAAGAUUUAGCUAAAGCUUAAAUUUAAUUGAGCCAUUCUUAAUUUGAUUUUUUUUAAACCUCAAAUUGAAGCAGGAAAAAUAAUGCCAUUCCAGUUGUUCUUUGUAACUCUGCUCACUAUUGCUGCGCCAGGUGUUCAGCAGUAUCCACAAGUACUCAUUACCCAGCAUGCAGCCUGCUCUGUGCCAGUGUUUUUUUCUUGCACCACAGACAAGCCAGUGAAGAAUCAGACACUGGGCAUAAUGGAUGAAUACAGAGUCCAAUUAGCUCAGUUACAAUGGCUACCAUGUCACAGGCUCUCUUCACUUUUAAUAAGUUUUGUUAGCUAGCGUCUUUCAUCCUUUUCCAUUUCACUCUCCUCAGGCAGCUCUAUUUUAAGGGAACUCGUUGAACUUUUGGCUAGAGAUUGGAUGGUGCUUUUACUUCUCUGCAAGAGAUUCUUUUGAACCAGUUGGUCUAGAGGAAGGAGAUUUCACUGCUGUUUUUAUUCUUUAAAAGUAAAACACUGUCUACAAUUGUGUGUUUUUAUUUAUUUAGGGAAGUAAAUAUUUUGUACAUUUUAUUGUGCAAGGAAUAUUAAAGUCUAUUAAGGAAUAAAAA